AGUAGAUAAUAUGGGCGGAGACAUUUUUUGUUCAAAACCCUUGGAAAGUAUUGAUACUCCCAAUAUAAAGCGCAAAGGUGUUGAAUAGCUCGAUAGUAACUUAGGCUGCCCACACGUUUAUGAUUGGAGGUCAAAGGGGGUUGAAAAUGGAUGAUGCACUUCUUUUUUGAAAUAAAAAGUCGCUACUGCAUUAAGAGAACCACCGCAAAAACCCUUCCUUAUGGUCUGAGGUUCUAAAGCCCUGGGCUGUCUCUCACACGCUCUCCUCCAAAUGGAAAACGACGUUGGUUGUUCAAUUUCAGUGACAUAAACCUUCACAGUGAAAAACGCCGAUUUUUAUAUAUGUUAAUGUUAGUGAAAUAAACGAGGAGCGACAGUGAUGGCCUGCGCUUCCAGUUGCAGGCCUUUGUUCCUUUCUUCACCCUUCCCUUCAUCAUCUUCUCCCUCAAGCUGUUCGCUUACCACCCCUUUUCUCUUUUCUCUCUCACCCAUCAAGCCGUCUUCUAAGCCAAUUAUCACUACUCUUACUGCUAACUCUGGGUCCUUCCCUGUUCUAUCUGUUGGUGGCGGAUGUGACGGCGGCAACAACAACAACAACGAUGAUGGACCUUUUGGGUCCGAUUCUUGGCGGUGGAACGACGAUUCUUCAUCUUCAUCUUCUCAUUCUUAUCCUUUUCUUUUGUUUCUUUCUUCACUCCUUGCUUGUUCCUGCCAUUCCCAAUUAUCUUCCGCCCUCGCCAGAACCAAUGGGGAAACAGAGGAGGAUGACGUCGUUUGGGAAGUGAGAGGGAGCAAGUGGACUAAGCUUAUUCCUAAUUUCUCAGAUGAUGCAUUUGUUGUUUCUAAUGGGAUUUCGAAUUUAACCAAAUUGUUGUCCCUCUCAACUCUUUGGGGUCAAUGCAGAGACCUUGUGAUGCGGUUGUUGCUCCCUGAAGGUUUCCCCGACAGUGUUACCAGUGAUUAUCUUGAUUAUUCUCUAUGGAGAGGUGUGCAGGGCGUUGCUAGCCAAGUCAGCGGCGUUCUUGCCACACAAGCAUUGCUUUAUGCUGUUGGAUUGGGGAAAGGAGCUAUUCCAACAGCUGCUGCUAUCAAUUGGGUGUUAAAGGAUGGAAUUGGGUAUUUGAGUAAAAUCAUGUUGUCUAAAUAUGGAAGACAUUUUGAUGUAAAUCCUAAAGGAUGGAGGUUGUUUGCUGAUCUCCUUGAAAAUGCUGCCUUUGGGUUGGAAAUCUUGACCCCUUCUUUUCCCCAUCUAUUUGUUCUUAUUGGUGCUAUUGCUGGAGCUGGAAGAUCAGCAGCUACCCUCAUCCAGGCUGCUACUAGAAGUUGUUUCUAUGCCGGUUUUGCUGCUCAAAGGAACUUUGCUGAGGUAAUUGCGAAAGGUGAAGCUCAGGGAAUGAUAAGCAAGUCGAUUGGAAUAGGGCUUGGUAUAGCUUUGGCUAACUGUAUCGGCUCAUCUACAUCUUUUGCCCUUGCUUCAUUUGGUGUGGUUACUUGGAUACAUAUGUACUGCAAUCUGAAGUCAUAUCAGUCUAUUCAACUGAGGACUUUAAAUCCCUAUCGUGCAAGUUUGGUUUUCAGUGAAUAUCUGUUGAGUGGCCAGGCACCUUCAAUCAAAGAGGUUAAUGCUGAGGAACCACUUUUUCCAGCUGUACCAUUCCUGAAUUUACUGUCUGCAAACAGAGAACUAUCAGUUGUACUAUCUUCAGAAGCAAAGCAGGCUGCUUCCGAAAUUGAGCUUCGGCUGCAAUUGGGAUCAAAACUCAGUGAUAUUGUCAGCAACAAGGAGGAUGUACUGGCACUAUUCAAUCUGUAUAAAGAUGAAGGCUACGUACUGACUGAACAAGAAGGAAAAUUCUGCGUAGUGCUUAAAGAAAGUUGUUCACCGCAAGAUAUGCUGAAGUCACUUUUCCAGGUAAAUUAUUUGUACUGGUUGGAGAGAAAUGCAGGAAUUGAAUCAAGGGGUGCCUCCAAUGACUGCAGGCAAGGGGGUAGGCUACAAAUCUCUCUCGAGUAUGUGCGAAGAGAAUUCAACCAUGUUAAAAUCGACAGCGAAUCAGUAGGUUGGGUAACUGAUGGACUUAUUGCAAGGCCUUUACCCAACAGAAUUCGACCUGUUUACGCCACCGUAUGAAUCGCAUGCCUCUUGUUGAUAUGAAAAAGGAUAGUUUGGAAUUGUUUCAUCCAUUUUGGCUUCAGAAAAGCAGGAAUAAUUUUCACUUCUAACUGAAUUUUGUAAGAAGUUAGGCUUUACAAGACAACAACACAAGGGUCUUAUUAUUUUGUGAAAUCAUUUCUUGUACGAAUCGAAUCUGUAUUUUCCUUUUGGUAUCUUGUUUGAGAAUCAGACUUUAUUGAUAGCAACUAGCAGCUUGAGAUGUAAAUUAUUUACAUCUUCGGUAGAAGUUGAUAUUUUUUUCCUUAGUUUUUAUACAUUCCUUUUUUUUAUUUUUGUAAUUUCUUUAUUGUUUAUAUACAUUUAGUUAAUUGUAUUUUAUUUACGUAAAAUAA